AUGUCGGAUCUCAACGAUCAACCGUCGGAGUCGAUGGCCGGCUCCGAUACCUCUGGUCUGAAGCCGUUGUCCAAUGCCAACGAUGACCUCCAGUCCAUUGGCAACCCUGGCAACAGCGACCUGGCCCGGAUUAUGAAUCGCGCCGGUAUCGCAAUGACGAAUGGCGGGUUUCCUCUCGACGAUCUUGAGGACGAGGACGAAGUGGACGAGGAUUACGUCGCAGUCGACCAGGAAGAUGCCAACGACUACCCUUACUGGUUCCGCCGGCCCCCAACUCACCACCGCACCAAGCUUGACGAGUUGCAUCCGUUUGUCCAACUGCUCUCCGUAUCCAACGUGGAGGACUGUGUCCAGGUGGAGAAUGCCUUCCCGGAGGCGGAGCGCUGUUCGCGUGACAAGUUCAUCUACCGCCUCACUCGCUGCCCGGAGUUGAGCUUGGGUCUAUUUACGUUGCCCGUCAUCGAUGAAAGCAAGCCCAAACCCCGCGCGACUCUUGUCGGACACAUCAUCGCCACCCGGACAUCCGAACCCUUGGUGACGGACCGAGCUAUGCGCCUGCCCGAAGACUGGCAAGCCGAGCGGUGGGCGUUCGAGGACAACCAGGCUGUUGGCCAUGAAGAGGGUGGCGGCACUAUUGCUAUUCACUCCCUGGCUGUGCUUCCGGAGCACCAGGGUAAGCAGGUCGGCAGCACCCUGCUAAAGUCGUAUAUCCACCGUAUCCGGGAGGCCCAGAUCGCAGAUCGGAUUGCGAUUAUCGCUCAUGAACACUUGGUUCCUUUCUACGAGUCGUUCGGAUUCGAGUCCCGCGGCCCAAGCAAGUGCCAAUUUGGCGGAGGUGGUUGGGUUAAUUUGGUCUUGGAGCUUGGUAAUGAGGAGACGAGCUAG